CCCCUGGCAGCGAUUCAAACUCCGACAAACGUUGACGUCAUGUUAUGGGAAUCGGUUUUAUUUUGAAAGCGUAUGUCUGGAAAAGUACGGUGAUACACUUCCUGUUGGUCCGAGCCGAAGUUCUUUUUUUAACUUCAUCUGCCAGUCCGUCCGUCGGUCUACGACACAUUUAGCCCGCUGUAAACCGUCGUUUCAACAUCGCUCGUUGUGUGGCCGCACUUUGGUUUGCUUGUCACGCCCUGUUAAGCUCGUUUUUCGUCGCCCGACUCGCGCUUUUGGCCCACUUUAGCUUCGCACUUAGCAACCCAGCUAGCCACCUCGCUCGAAGUCUCGAAACGCACAUUAAAUCAUGAAUCAGAGUGGAGUGACUGCCGAAACGCCCAAGAGCCCGUGGGGCGUGUCGGCGCCGGCCGCGUCGACGUGCUCGCUGGCGGACGUGAUGAGCGAGCAGCUGGCUAGGCAGCUGCAAGAAGACGACGGCGUCCCGGCCGACGCGUCGUCGUUGUUGCUCGACGACGCCGGGGACACCGCCAGCGACUUGAUGCUGGCCCAGAUGCUUCAGAUGCAGUACGACCGAGAGUUCGACGAUCAGCUGAGGCGGGAGGAGAGGAAGUUCAACGGAGACAGCAAAGUGUCCAUUUCGUUUGAGAACUACCGCAUGGUUCACCCUUACGAGGACAGCGACAGCUCCGAGGACGAGGUGGACUGGCAGGACACUCCGCGUGACCCCUACAGGGCCGCCAAGCCCCAGACGACGCCCAGACGAGGUUUCGCCGGGAAAGGGAAAAACAUCACCACCAAACACGACGCGGAGACGUGCGGCAGGAAGAACACGGCUCGCAUGGAAAACUUCGCUCCCGAGGUGCAAGUGGGCGACGGGCUGGGAAUGGACCUCAAGCUGUCCAAUCGGGUCUUCAACUCGCUCAAGCAACACUGCGUCAGCGAGCAGCGGCGAAGCGCCAGACUGCACGAAAAGAAGGAACACUCCACCGCCGAGCAAGCGGUGGACCCUCGCACUCGUCUGCUCAUGUACAAGAUGGUCAACGCCGGCACGCUGGAGAGCAUCAACGGCUGCAUCAGCACCGGCAAAGAGUCCGUGGUCUUCCACGCCAACGGAGGAAGCCUGGACGAGCGGCCGAUCCCGGACGAGGUGGUCCUGAAGGUCUUCAAGACCACCCUGAACGAGUUCAAGAACCGUGACCGCUACAUCAAAGACGACUACCGCUUCGUCGACCGCUUCACCAAGCUCAACCCGCGCAAGAUCAUCCGCUUGUGGGCCGAGAAGGAGAUGCACAACCUUGCCAGGAUGAAGAAGGCGGGUCUUCCGUGUCCCGACGUGGUUUUGCUAAGGAAGCACAUCCUGGUGAUGUCCUUCAUCGGACAAGAUCACGUCCCCGCCCCGAAACUGAAAGAUGCCGUUUUGAGUGCCGACGACAUGAGGGAAGCCUUCCGGCAGGUUCUGCACAUGAUGAAGACGCUGUUUGUGGAGUGUCAUCUGGUCCACGCUGACCUCAGCGAGUACAACAUGUUGUGGCACCAACAAAAGGUGUGGUUGAUCGACGUCAGCCAGUCGGUGGAGCCGACUCACCCUCACGGCCUGGAGUUCCUCUUUCGCGACUGCAGGAACGUUUCCACGUUCUUCCAGAAACGAGGCGUGAGCGAGGCGCUGGGCAUCUUUGAGCUUUUCAACGCCGUGUCGGGACUCGACAUUCCCAUCGGGGCCGAGAACGAGGCGGAGUUUGUCGCUCAGAUCGUGGCCUUGGAGAAGAGGAACGAGGACCACAUUCAGCGGCGAGGAAAGAAAACCUUCGCGGCGACGGUGUCCGAGGAGGAGGAAGACCACGACGACGAAGAAGAGGAGGGCGGCGACCCUCCGUUAGAAGCCGACGCCCACGACUAACCCGGCCGGGGUCCGCUCGUAGGCCCCGCCCCGGCUUCCUAUCCGUCGCCGCUCGGACGGCGAAAUGGCCCCGCCCGCUUUCCCGGCGCCCCCCGCCGGCAGUUUUGACCGAGACGAGUUCGUCGCCUUUGUCGGGGGGUGCUCGCGUGUCGCGAGAAUACGUUGUCUCUUGGAUCGGGUUGUCGGUCACCGCUUUGACAGACAUGAUGACUCCCUGUCCUUUCAAAUGAAAAUAAAAGAUGGUCACGCAACUCAAAA